UUUUAUUCCUGUCAUUCACUGUCAUUGAUGUCAAGCAAAUCAAGUUCUAGGUUCCGUCUCUACCUUAAUAAUAAAUUGAACAUCAAUAGACGAAUAUUAUUGUUAGUUCAUUUUUAACAGACUUGUUUAUUUAUACCUCUUCUAUCAUUAAACUGAAAUACAGUGACAUACGUAAAACAAUAAAUUGUGAAAUAGUGUAAAUUGUUUAAUAUAAUUGUAUCUGCGAAGUGCAAAUGUGGUAAAUAUGUUGUCAAGAUUUCACCAUUAUCACGGCUCCAAUAUUAUUUUAUUUGAAGAUAACACAGUAGCAUACAGAAGAGCAAGUUUUGCUCAUGGCUUAACGUUUAGCGAGAAGCCGCUGCUGCCUGGUGAAAUAUUUUUGGUGGAAAUAGAAAAAACCGAACGGGGUUGGAGUGGUCAUAUGCGAAUAGGAUUGACAUUGCUCGAUCCUCAGACUGAAGCAUUCGGGGAUAAAGGACUUCCGCAAUAUGCACUGCCUGACCUUGCAAAUACCGGUAUGUCGUGGAUAUUUCCUAUAUCAAAAUCGAACAAUAAUGUUCUUGUGGAACUGGUAAAUCAAGUGGUUAGCGGGCGGCGAGAGAGCGAGCCCCGCGUAUCCGUGCUGGGAGAUGGACAUGUAGUGAAGACUCCUCGCGGUUAUGUAUCUAAAAUGGUGCUCAGACCACAACUAUUAUCACAAAAUGGCACACCACAAGGAAUCCUACCUAUGGAUGCUGGAAGUCGCAUAGGUGUUAUGUUUGUACCAUGUGCCAAAGUAAACAAGGAUGACCCAGAUUUAGCUGAGAUGCAUUUUAUAAUAAAUGGUGAGGAUCAGGGUCCCUGCACUAAGGCUAUCCCAUACUCAAGAGGACCACUGCAUGCUGUAGUAGAUGUCUAUGGAACAACAAAACAAGUUAAAAUUGUUCAACUCUAUGGAGUGAAAACCCUACAAAGUGUUUGCCGGGAUGCAAUUCUACAAUAUGUUAAUAAUGGCUCUAUAAAGUCAUUACCUCUGCCAAAGUGCUUAAAAGACUUUCUACUUUCAUAGAGUUUUGGCUAAAAGCAAUGAGUAUGUAUGUAAAAAGGUUAUGACAAUAAGGCUGUUUGUUAUACAACUGUUCUUUGAAACAAUGAUUGGGUGAUAUUGUAACACUUCACAUUUUUGUAUAUUUGUAUCAUAUUAGAUGAAAUAUGAUAUUAAAGUUAUGAACUGUUAUCUGCAGUAGUAAAAUGGAGAUAGAUUUAUGAAAAAAAAAAAUAUAAAUUGAUCCUCAACCUACUCUAUUAUUUCUUCUUUGUUCCUAUGUAUAAAGCUGUAGUUUGAUGACAACAUGUAUAUUGAUACAGAUAGAAAUAAAACUAGUCUGGUUGGAAUAUCUUUUAUUGUUUUUAAAUCUAUAAAAUAAGACAAUCUGUUGUAUAAUGCUUUGAACUGCUGGUGUGUAUUUUUUUUGGUCUUAAUUCAAUGUGUAUUCCAGUUUAAAACAGAAUUUUACUUAUUAGCUGUAAAUCAUUGAAUAUGAAAAGGAGGCUUAAUACAUCAAUGCUGUAAAUUAUGUUAUCAAAUAAGUUAACACACAACACAGAUUGAAGACUAUUCAUUGAAUGGAAACUAUGAAUUUCUUAGAAUUUAUUUUUAAUAUGUUAAGUGUCACCCAAGAAAUUGUGUUUGAUAGAAUAUUUGAUUAUGGAAUUUUAUUUUGAUAGGAUAAAAGUAUGACAUUGAAAGAUGUAGCAGUGAUUUGUAAUAAAUUAAUUUGUGCAAAUAUAAUUUGCACCAUUGGAAUGAGUCGUGAUUAUUUAUUUUAAAAGAUUGAAUAAAAAGCAACUGAUAGGUAUGAGACAAAA